AGUACAAAUGAUGAAAUCAUUAAACCAUAUCCCUGUAUUCCACUAUACUGUCCCUGUUUCAAAGUGUAUUUUCCAUGGAUUGACUGAACAUAAAUGUUUGUAUUUUCGAACCUCAACUGUUGCCUCCACGGCCUUUUUGAAAAGCUACUAAACUGUAGAGAGGUAUUGUUUGCAAAAAUAAAAUGUGAAGGGUCGGUCAUUUUAACAAGUAAAUUAGCUACGGGGAUUGUUCAGUAAGUAGUGAGUUAGCAGUAAUGGUAGUGGUGGGAGUGAUAGUGUUAGCAAAUGAUUGCGUAAUGUAAGGUGUCUUUAUAUUUUGGCUCCCUAGCCCCAUGGUUUUAAAUAAAUUCCAAGUGACCAUAAAUGCAACAUCGUCUGACGUAGACGUCCAAAUGAAUACGUUUGAUUGGCCAAUAAUUUUAUUAUAAAAAGAGAACUGGCCAAUCGGUGAAGUCCUUCUUGGUCGUUGACAGCAACCAACGUACACAAUUUAACAUCCAGGAACUGGUGUAUUGUCUCGUAGGGGGGUUAGUCUAGAGCUGGACAAAACUACUCAUCAAAUCAUAAAUUGUGCAAUAUUCGUAUGUUUUUGUUUUUAUAAGGUUGUCGGUAAACGUGGCGCUGUCUGUAAAUAUUUUGCUGGCAUGAAUCUCGGAGAUGGGCUGCUGUUCGAACUUGAAAAUGGAAAACCCAAGUUGAUUUUACUCAGUCAUGGUGUUGAGAAGAAUCCAGCCAAGCUGUCCUUCAGGCCCAGAGCGGCUAACAUCCUUAGCUCCAGGCAGCCUUCCUGUGUGGAGGAGGUGCAGGAGGAGCAUCCAGCCUGGCAGCAGGCAGGGAGGCACAGAGAGGCCAGGAGCAAGGCAGAAGGAACAGCCACCUCUUUCACCUGCAACACCGCCUCCACUGAGGGGAGGAGCACCAGACUCACGUUAUCCAAGACACAUGACCAUAACAAAGGACCCAAGGUGAAGCCAGAGAGACACAAAUACAACACUACCGUUUACUCCCAGAGAGCCAAUGGGAAAACAGGACAGCCUCAGACCAGUGGGGCACGAGGCAGUGCUAAGACCAGACUAAAGGACACACUGGUCAGUGGGGAAACAGGAUCGAAGGACGACGUGGUGUGUCUGACCCAAGAGCAGCAGCAACAGAUCCUCAGCUCUGUCCAGGCCUCCAGCAAUGGCCAACACCCACCUGAGGACCACAGAACCAAAGACUCACAAUCUGGCUCCGUGCUGAAUGGUGAAGGAGAAAAGAAUACACAGGAAGACAGAGGAGGGGAAGCGAUAAAGAAGGGAGAAAGAGGAAUAACUGAUACAACAGGAAGUUCACAGGACAAGGACAGCAGGUUGUCUGGAUGUUUGUUCAGCUGGUUGGAAGAGCGACAUUUGGACAGAGCAGCUAUCAACGCCAAGAAGGCUCAGUGGAGGAAAGAACUAGGUACACACACAACCAUUUUAAAACUAAUCCAGAUUUAUGUGAAUUCUAAUGACUUCUUCCAGCUUUUACAGUUUAUCUUAGGUUUAAGGCACAUUUGCUGUUUAGUUCAGUGUUUCCAGCAGCAGCAGACAAACUCUGAUAAACCCAGUGUACGCUACCCCCCCCAGUACCAAACAACAGAGACAAGUGACAAGGUGGUGAAGAAAGUGAAAUAUCUAGCAGCAGAAGAGCCAGAUAUUUUUCUCAGGAAUGAGCAAGUGGCACUGAAGCAGCGUUCGGCCCCUGGCAGGCUCCAGGCUGAAGAGGAAACAGAAAGUGUGUUUUCAGUUCAGAGCUCUAUCAGCCUCAGAGAGCAGCCUGCAGCCAUCAGAUCCAGCCUCAAACUCGGGGAGGUCACGCCAAUGGAGGAAGUGCUGAGUGCUGAGAGGAGGAAGGAGCAGAGGAAGCACUGGCUGGAGGAGCUAGACCGACAGAAGGAGGAGACGGCUGAACGCAGGAGGCAAGAGAAACUGCUCCAGAGCCAGACGGAGGACCAUGAGCUCUGGGCCACACACUUUGAAUCGCUGCAGAGGAGGCCUGCUGUUCACACCACAGCUCUGUCAACUCUGCCACCAGCUCCAUCCAGAGGCUCUGAACGAGGAGAGUGGGAACCCUUAUCCAGACUGUCCUUGGUCGGGGAAGCAGAAAGUAGCUGUGGAGCAGAGAGUGUUGCUGGUGCUAGUGUGGACACAACCAGUGGGUACCAGACCAGAGCCAGCUAUCUGCGGACCAUGACGGCCCUGCUAGACCCUGCCCAGAUAGAGGAAAGAGAGAGGAGGAGGCUUAAACAGCUGGAGCAGCAACGAGCGAUCGAGGCCCAGGUGGAGGAGCGGCGGCAGCAGAGGGAGCGAGAAGAGGUGAGGAGGAGAGAAGAGGAAGAGGAAGAAGAGAGGAGGGUGGCGCUGGAGAGGGAGAUGCUGCAGAGACAGUAUGAGUGGGACUCAAAGAGGGAGUGGCACAAGGUCAGAGAACAACACCUACAGCAGCUAAACAAUCAGGCAGAGCAGCCAAAGGAGACACUGAAGCCAAGUGCAGUUACCAGACAUUGUGACUGUUUGGAGGAGGAGGAGACUGCUGUACAGACAGAAGCAGCUCCCUCUCUCCCGCUCAGAGCAGAAAGAGUUCAGACUUCUGAUGUCUCUGCACAGUACGAGCCACCUUCUUCUCUGUCUGCUGCUCCUCCUCCAAACAGGAGCCGAGCAGUGAGAGCAGGCAAGGAGAAUGUCUGUCUGCCCGGAGGAAAAGGAGGAGGAGACCCAUAUGAGGCAUUUGCCAGGACAGAGAGGAGCAGGAGAGACAAGAGGAAGCCGGAGUGGAACACACAGAGGCCCAGCUGUCAGUUUGUUCCAGCCUCGGCACGUUACCCUGCCGCUCUGCAAAGGAGUAGGCAGGAGAGUCGACUGAAGAGGCAAGCCGAGCUCCUCGCCCUGCAGGAGAGGACCUGUCUGCCCAGGACUGACCUCGCUCCUCCUCAGAACCCCACACAGACCGAAACCAGUCCCAGCAGGAAGGUGGAGAGUGUUUCCAGAGGGCAAUGCAUCACUGCAGCUGUCAACACUGAAAGGGGGCGCUCUCCUCCCGUCCCUGCUGUCAGACAGAGAGUGCAGAGUCAACAGGAGUCCACCCCUUCUGUUCCGGUCCUGGAGUUCAUCCCUUAUGUCAGGACUGACGAAGUCUUCAACCUGGACCCACUGGAGCCUGCUGACACCCCACCACCACACACACAAACAGCUCCUGCUCAGAGCUCAGCGGCUCCUCCCGCUCCCUCAUAUCGAGACCCCCUCCUCCACCCUGAGCUGUUUUGUAGCACACGCACACACCGACAGCAGGAGAUCCUGAGAGGCCUGGCCCAGCUACGGCAGGGUUUAUUACAGAAGCAGAGGGAGUUGGAGACAGACCUGAGUCCUCUGCACAAUGACGGCAAGCUCCGGUUGCCCUCAGCGACACAUCGCAUGUGACCUCUGAGCCCUGACACUUCACAGCUGGUUGCUGUGUGUGUGUGUGUGUGUGUGUGUGUGUGUGUGUGCUGUGUGUAUUGUACUGAGAGUGAUUGGUGUGUUCCAACCAGCCAAAAUGAAGAACAUCCAACAGAAAACCUUCACCCUCAGCUCUGAGGAUCUCUGGAGUUUCUUCAUUCAGCAAAUGCAUUUGUCUGUGCGGCUGCUUAUGACCCCAAGCUUGUUAAUAUGAUCAGGUUUCAUGUUGGUUUCAAUUUGUUGUCUCCAUCAGAGCCAGGUUUUUUUUUAAAAUUGUUUCCUUCUCUUGUGAGGCAGCUAAACAGCACAAACAUCAUCACAGUGCCAAAUGUAACUAAACCUGAAUGUAAAUAGAGGAGCAACAUUUGUCAAGACUGUUUUAUAAAAUAGUUUUUAAUGCA